UUUAGGCGGAAAUCGGAAUAAUAUAAGAACUUGAAAAUCUAGUAAAAAAGAAAAAAAAAAAAAAAAAAACCCCGGAAAAUCCAAACCCCAGUUCGCUUUCUUUCUACGAUCAUCAACUUUUCCUUGUCAAAACUCCGAAAAUUUGGAACUACGAGCUCCUUCGAACCCCAAUCGAAUCAUUGUUUCUCCUUUUUUUUGGCUUCAAUCUCUUCUGGGGUUUUGUUAGAUUACUCCAAUAACAUCAACAGUACGAUCGUUUUCGCUGAUCGUUCUGUUCAAGAGGAGCCGGGAAGAUGAUUAUUGGAACUAGGGUUUUGGGUUCACAUUUAAUGGUGGGCUCUGUUGAGCCGAUGAUGAUGGGGGAUUGCAUUGAGAUGGAAGAAGGCGAAGCUUCUUGCUAUCACAAGGAUAAUGGCGGUGAUAUUGACCCUGACAUUAAUCUCUCUUACAUCGAUGAGAAGAUCGAGCGUUUUCUUGGUCACUUCCAAAAAGACUUUGAAGGUGGAGUUUCAGCUGAAAAGUUAGGGGCAAAGUAUGGUGGUUAUGGCUCAUUUUUGCCUACAUAUGAACGCCCUUCUUCAAUUUUGCCACACAAUUUAAAUCAACAGAGAGACUGCAAUGCAGCACCACCUCCCGUUAAUUUUCCCUUGGAGGGUUCUUCUCAGAAUCCAAAAGCUCCACCGACAAAGAGACCGGAAGCUUUUGUCUGCAAUACUAUUUCCUCUCGUAAUACAAGGGAAAUGUCUGGAAGUAUCUCCGGGAGAGUAGAAUCGUGCUUGCCGGCUACUAAAGUUACUAAUAGUUGCCCUUCGAAAGGUGAAGCUUCAGGCAGAUUAGGCAGCCCAAUGAAUAGCGGAUCCCUUAAAUUUCGAAUCAAAGUUGGUUCUGACAGUGUUGGAUUGAAAAAUGCUGCAAUAUACAGUGGCCUUGGACUUGAGGACUCUCCAUUGUCAUCCUCACUAAACAGCUCGGACUUAAGUGAAGGGAUGCUGCCCUUAUCUCAAGGCCCACCUGAUGAGUCUCCGUCUAAGAUAAUUCAGGCAAUGACUUCUUUCCCCGUACCCCAUGGAGCAUUGAUAUCACCUCUUCAUGAUAGCCUACUUUGUUUGUCAAGGAAGGAAAAACCAUUACCAUUACCCAAACCUGUGCCUUCUCUUGAGAAUAAAAAAGACGGUUUGGCCAAGCUAGCCAAUGAGACAACUUUGAAGCAAAAUGACAGUACAUUGGUUAAGAAGAAGAAAAUGGAGGUGGUGCAUAGAGAAAAGCAAGUCAAUCUUAAGAAUGAAGUUCAUGCUUCUCGUGGCGAGGAGAAAACUACUCUAACACUUAAACGAAAAUUAGACAAUGAGGCUUUUGAAAGCAUGGAAUUCUUGCCUAAUAAGUUGCAAUGCAAACCUGGUUUAGAGGGUACAAAGUCCAGUGCUUACUUAGACUCACAAAAGAAGCUUUCUCAUAAAGCUACACUACAUGAAGCAGUUAAACAGAAGGCACUGAUCAAGAAAGAAAAGCCUGAAAUUGUGGGUGAGAAAAAAUUUAAAGUGGUACAGACUGCUGGUGGGAAAAUAGCUGGUACAAUUGAGGGAGGCUUCAAGGUUAGAAGUGAAGCAUCCAGAGGUAGAAAGAACACUGAUUCUGACACUCCUGAAUCCGAAAAUAGAAGGCACAGGUUAAAACUUCACAGCAAUGAGAAAGUAGGAGCAAACAAUGUAGAUUCUUUUAACAGCUCUGGGUUAGAUGUAAACCGUAUAAGUAAGGAUGCAACUGAGAGGGCCUCUGUUGACUUUCAGAAGGUUAAAGGCCUGGAUGACAGUGGAAUCAAAAUGUCCAAAUGCUCAAAGGUGGUUGAACCAGCAGGGGUGGCUCCUAUGGAUGAAUGGGUAUGCUGUGACAUUUGCCAGAAGUGGCGCCUUCUGCCCUUUGGGACAAAACCAGAUCAACUUCCUGAUAAAUGGUUGUGUAGCAUGCUAGAUUGGCUGCCUGGGAUGAACCGUUGUGACAUUAGUGAGGAGGAGACAACAGAAAAGCUUUAUGCUUUGUACCAGUUACCAUUGCCUCAGAGUGGAAAUGCUUUUCAGAACCAUGCCAAUGGACUGAUAUCAGCUGAUACUUCAAAUCAAGGAAAAAAGAACGAAACUUUGAGAGAAAUACAAAAUCCAGUUUGCAGAAUUGACCAGACUCAUGGAAAAAGUUCUCUUAAAGACCAGCAGCUGGAGUUGAGGAAAAAUAAAAGUCUUAAUGGCUUGAGUAAUCCUCCAAAUAAAUUGAGAAAUUCAAUGAAUCAAUCUUCCAGUGACCUGAACAACUUGGGAGAGGCGAAGAACAGAGGUAAACUGAAAGAAAAGUCCACUGAUAGAGUUAAUUGCGACCAAUUAAAAAGGAAGAACAAGAGACCUGAAGAAAUGCGCUCUGUUGAUAAUCAUCAAAACUUCAAUAUGGAUGUUGGAAAGUUGGGUGGCAGUUCAAAUUCUGGUUUGUCAAAUAUGGAAGGUGGGGAAGGAUUGCUGAAGCAGGGUGAUAUUGGCUCCAAGAAGCACAAUAAAUUGAACAUGGAAAAUAAAAUGCAAAUCUCAUUGAAGAAACGGGGAGGAACCACCGAGAUCUCCUCUGUUGUUAGGUCCUCUGUUAAUCAACCAAGUGGUAAAAGUGCCUUGACAAAGAAAAGGAAACUGAAUGAUUGGCAAGAUGAUCAAAAUUCUCCUAAUAGUGGAGUCCAUGAAUCCGUGCCUUUGAAGGAAGAAAAUUGUGAAAAGUUGAGGAAGAGAAAGAAGCUUGAUGUAUCUAAUAAUUUCACUGAUGGAAUGGAAGAAAUCAGCAAGGAUAAGGAGGCAAAAAUGCAAAUGAAGAAGAUAAUUGCUAAACAAACAUCAGUUCGUAAGGAGUUAACCAAGAGAAAUUUAGUUGCUCGACAAGUUUCAGCUGCAGCUAAUUCUAGCUCUUCAAAUGUUUCUCAAUCUCAUUUAACGAAAGCCGUAGUGAAAGUAUCUCCUGCUGAAUCAGUUUCAUCAUCUCCCAUGAGGUCAUCUGGGCUCGAUCAAUUUGGAGGAGAGAAAGAGGAGAUUACCUCUAAUAUUCAUCCCAGCUCUCAUGCUCUCAACACGAACAGCAAGAAAAUCAAAGCUUCGCCUGUAGUUCAACACCAUUUAGUUACUGUUGGUGCAAAUGCUAUUAAGCAGCCUAGGUUGUGCAAUAAUCGUAUAGACGACAGUAUGGAGCCCAGCCACAAGAAACACAAGAAAGAGAAGAUUAGUGUUGGCGCUGAAGGAUUGGAAACCCCUCAAAAUCUCAAGGGCAAUGAUUCUGAAAACCAGAGAUCAGAUGCUUUAUUUCAAUCAAAUAAAGCAGUUAGACUUGCGUCAAAGCGAAAUCAGGAUUUUGAAGCAGGAAAUAAAGGUGAUCUGAGAACACUAGAAAAGAGGGACGGAAAAGUAGAACCAUCCCAUCCUGGUGCUGAUCCUUUACGAGUUUCUAUUAAGGCAGGAGAUUCCCAUCAGCUUAAUGCUGAUGCCCCCCGUGAUAAUGUGGUAGUGUCUAAAAGAACACCUGACCGAUCUAGAGAUGUUAAUGCUUCAAAUAUCAACAGAACGAAAUCCUCUAAUCAGACCGCUAGUGAUACAUUGAAAGAUGCCAAGAAACUCAGAGACGAAGCAGAUCACUUGAAGAACUCUGGAUUCACUUUUGAAAGUAACGAGCUUUACUUCCAAUCUGCUCUGAAGUAUCUACAUGGAGCAUUCCUUCUAGAGACUCUUGAUAAUACAAGUGGCAAGCCUGGUGAUAUUUCUCCCAUACGAUUGUAUAGCACUACAGCCGAAUUGUGCGAGUCCUGCGCUCUUGAAUAUGAACGUCGCCAAGAAAUGGCUGCAGCAUCUUUGGCAUUUAAAUGUAUUGAAGUAGCUUACUUGAGGAUAGUUUACCAUAAACAUUCAAGCAUCAAUGGAGACCGACUAGAGAUGAACUCAUUUCGUUCAAUUGUGCAAGGCGAGUCUCCAUCUUCUUCUGCAUCAGAUGUUGAUAACUUAAGCAACCACGGAGCUAUGGAUAAGGCUACUUUCGACAGAGGUAGUUCCCUCGGUGCUCGAAGUCAGAUCUGGAAUGCUGGAACCUGCACAAGUUUUGCUCGGGUCCUCAAUUUUGCUCGUGAUAUGAAUUCAGCCAUGGAGGCCUCAAAAAAUUCUCGAAACGCAUUUGUGGCAGCCAGUUCAUGUGCUAGUGAAGGAAAGCAUGUGGACUACGUUGCAUCAGUUAAAAAAGUGAUUGAUUUCAGCUUCCAAGACAUUGGUGAACUCGUACAGUUGGUUCGGGUUGCUACACAGAUGAUAACUCACUCGGGUUUUUGCAGUGGUAGAGAUUAGGUCAAAGAUGUAAAUAGUUAUUUUUCUUUGGAUUAUUCUUCCUUGAGGUGAUCAGUUGAGAAAGGCGAGGCAUUGAAACUGACUUCAACCUGAUGAUAUUGGUUAGGAACAUUUAGGAUGUUACACAGUUCGUUACUUACCAAUACUUUUGUACAAAGCGAGAUCAAUUAGGAAAUUCAAAAUGUAAUUUUUAAUUAUUCUUGAUCUGAGGAAUUUUUUUUUUCUUUUUCUUUUUUCCCACCCUCCUGAGGGUCUUGUAAAGGCUUGAUAUCUUAGCUCCUAAAAGUGGAGCUCUAGUGAAAAAAAAAGGUUGCAGCCUUUUAGUUUUAGGCCAACCACAUAUUCAAGUGUUCAAAUAAUAUCUAUUCAUUUGGCAACCAUAGUGAAGUAUUUAUCCAGUCA